UUGGAGGAGUGAUCCUCCUCUUUUCCCAACGUACGGGGGAACCCCCGCGAUCGGAACAAUCUCCAGGCUCCCACUAUCUUUAUACCUCCUCGUCCCAUACCCGUGAACGCGUCCUUUCCCCGAUCUUGACGAUCUCCCACGCCGGCUGCAACUCGGUGUAUGAGAGACCGGAGCUUACGUUACAUUCUAUUCGCAAAUCGAAGAAACAUGGCCGCCGCAUAUCCAGAUUUCAAUGUAACGUUCGUUACGUGUCUAUACUCAUCUACGAAUAACGAGGAAUUUUUCGAAAUUCCGGCCACAUAAUCCACGACGAUAUGCACCUGUUUUAAAAUGUGAUGAAAAACGAGACGCGCGUCUCGCGUUCCGAUCGGCGAUCGGAAGAUAUCGGUGAAUGAAGGAGAGGAAAAAAAAAAAAAAAAGUCUAUUAUCGGUAAUUGACUCGCGGAGUACGGUACAGGGCGGAUAUAAAGAGGCGGUAAUUAAAUCUUGAAUAAAUGAUAACGAGGAUUAUCAUAAUCGAGCGCGUACAUAAAUACGAUUAAUGAGGAGGAAACUGCAAUUCUGCAUAUAUCAGUGCGUUCGAAUCAUUUUACCGCAUUAGAGGAUGUGGGGAAUAUAAAAACAACGGACGCAUCUUACCUACAUGUAAAUUGAUCGUAGAUAAUAUCAAGGAGGUAGGAUGUACACACGUUGACGAGAAGAAGAAUAAAAAAGGAAGAUUGUAUAUCAGAUUUCAAUACGCAAAUAUUGAAUCGCGGUUGGUUAAAAAUCGACAUAACCAACUUCCAUAUAGCUGCUGCAGCGGUCAUUAAAUUUCAGCAACUUAUCACGGAGUUGAUGAUGAUCGCUAUGUAUUUAUUAUUAUUACAAGAAUAAUGUAAAACGCGUGGGUGCAGCAGAAAAACGCCGUAUAAUAAAUGUGGGUACCCACAGCGUGCGGGAGGGCAAAACGGUACAAGAAAAACAUAUAUAUCUAUAUAUUUUUCUUCUUUUUUUUUUCAUCUUUGGAACACCUUUUUACGGCCGAUCGAGGCUAACCGCCGCUGCUGCCGCUGCUUACCGAAUGCCAAAUCAAUUCAUGCCCAAAAUUCUGGCCCACACGGAUCUCCGGGGACCUCGCGAGCUUCUGCACGUCACGGCUAAACGAAACUCCGAUAUAAAAUUAACUCGAAAUUAUAAGACCUACGGUUAUUGCAUCGCUAUUCAUGUAGAGUUACCUGCGGUUAGUACGGUUCUUUAUUUUCGUCAUUUUUAACUAUACCUCAACCUCGAGUUCUCCCCCCUUUCACAAUCCGGAUGCGUUUUGCACUUCUUUCGUCUUUUCCGGCAGGGUUGACACGAACGUCUUCGCUCCGCGAGAAUAUCAUACCAUGCAGAAAUCUCGCAUCGUAUAUUAACGACAUAGGUAUAGAUAUGUACGUAUAUAUAUAUAAUAUGUACGAACGCACACUACGUGUAAUCGGUCGACCACGGUUACACUACAUGUAUGUUUCUACUGCUCCGGGAUACGAGACUACGCGGAGGCGUAUCCACAUUAUAUUCCUUAUACGUCAAACCUACCCGCCCACCUUAUGUGUCCCAAUACCUCGCGCUGCGAUAUGUCAACAACUGCUUUCCACUCGUACCAUUUGAUUUUUAUCAUCAACCGACAGACGCGGCUCUCACCUCAAAUCAUAUGUACGCCUCGAUGACAGCCGCUAUACCGGCAUUGAUAUAUUAUUGAUAACAAUUUUUUCUCGUCCAUUUUUUAUUUUCAUCCUAUCGUUAUCGACGCGAGAUCGAUCGCCUACAUACGGAUCUGAUGGAAAAUUUUUUACUCCAAAAUUCGAGCUCCAAAUUAAAGGGGGUACUACGAUCGGAACGAGAUGCUGGAUGCAGCUUAACGUGCACAUGAUUAGCGUAUAUCAUACAUUGGUAAUAAUAUUUCGAACCUCUAUGGAACGUCGGUAAUUUUAGAGCUUGUUUGGCGCGGGUGCCCAGACGACGUGUCGUACAUUAUUAUUUUUUAUUUUUUUUCUCCUUGUUGCAACGUAAACCGUGAACGAUUCAGCGGAAAAUAAGUCGUAACGCAACUCUUCUGUCGCCAGGAAAACUUUCGGUCCAAAAAAUUCACGUACAGAAUUGUAAGGAUUACGAGAACUUCGGACGUCUGCACACGAUCCUCUCGUUACAACCCCGUUCCAUAGAUAAUUCUAUUCGAAAAUUUGGUGAAGUUGAAGAAAUCGUUAUCCACAAUUUUGGUCUGCCCUAUGGGCUAGUUGUGGGGUACGUCUAUUAUUAUAAAUAUUCUUCGUUCAUUGAGAACCUCGUCGAGAAGCGAACGCCACGUUUUAUUCAAUCAACUGUUUCACCCGUAUACUUCGGAUCCUGGAAGAAAAAUUGAGAAUUUGGAACGCCGUCGAUUCGACGAAUGCGCGCGGGGUGGAUAUAUAACUUUUGUAAGUUGAUACCUGGAUUCGGUUUUGUUGAGUCUGGGCUAACGGGUGAUCGUUUGUCUUUUUUUCUUGUCGGUGAAAAGAUUAAUUCCAUUUCUGUGGCGCGAGAAUAGGUACAUAUCGGUCUGUAUAAAAAGUUAGGUAUAUAAUGGCGCCUGCGCGAUAUGUGCGGGUUUUAAAAUAUACCGAGCGCGUUUCUCAGUCGCAUCUCCGUCCUUUGGAAUACAAGCUAUGCAAAGUUAAGUUCCCUCCCGCUAUUACCCGAACACCUCUGCGACGGCGCACCUCCCGAUAUGGGGCAAUCUCGAAUUUCCAACCGCCCAAAUUGAGAAUGUUACUCCCGCACCUCGCACCAGCGCCGCGACGUCGGGCGUCGUCGUGACGCCUAAAGACAGGGUUGGUGGUCGCGCGCCCCAGAGUCGAACAGUGCCAAAAGUGCUUCAAAAGACCACGGUCUAAAAUCACUUUGUUGCUCUUAGGAAAACACCCCACGUGUCUUUCGUAUUUGUACGCGCCUGCGCGCCAAGGUUUUUAUUACAAAUUUUUCCGCCACCCCCCUCCUUUGCCACCCCUCCCCCCCGAAAAAAUAAGGAAAAUUUAAGGAAACUUGCGCGAUAUGAUCGCUCGGUGGCACCUCGCUGAAUAAAAUCAACCAACCCUUGAUGGAUACGCGGAUAAAAUUUAUCUGUAAAACAAAACCAAUAAUGAUAUUAUUCAUCGAUUAAACGAAAGGAAAAUAAUUAUAGAGAAAGGAAGAGAUAUACGGAGAGAAAUAAAAGAUACGCUUUUUUACACAGUAUAUGUAACGAAUACUUUAUUUACACCCGUUCUGUGAUAAUCAUGUUAUAAUAUACCAUGAUGGUGCUUUAAAUCUACGAUAAAUCAAUUUAUAUUAUACAAACAUAUAUUUAUAUAUAUAUAUAUCUGACUAGACAAAUGUUGAAUAAUUAUCGGUGUAUAUAAUAAUUGAUAUAAAAUGAAUAAAAAAUCGCGUUAAUCCGUCGUAAUUAUUUUAUUUAUACUGCACAAUAAAUAAUUGAUAAAAGUGACAACAGAUCGUGUACAUGUUGCCUGAAAGCAAUUUUCCUAUAUCAGGGGGCAUUAUGCAGACCGAGGAAGUCGUCCCUCGAGCAACGUCUGCGGGGAUAGACACGGGCACCCCAACCGAGGAAAUAUCCCACCAGCAAACGCAGCUCCAGCAUCAGUUGCACCAUCAACUUCCUCAGCUGCAGCAUCUUCCGAGUCCUCUGGAGUCGUUGAUAACUCAUAUGGCGGUGAAACAGGAACCACAGGAAGAAGAGGACCGGGAGCAGGUCAGGACUUCUCCUAGUCCGCAGGCAGAGACGCAUGUCGUUCAAAGCGGCUUGCCAAACGGGGGGCAGGGGCAAGUCCAGAUCCAGGCCCAGGCGAUGAUGGGGAGAACGGAGGGACUGCAACCCGCCCAGGAUACCUCUGGCAGGGCGAGGCCCAGUCGCGGACGUAGGAAGUCGAGGUGGAAGCUCAAGUUCCAUCAUCAAGCUUUGCCGCCUGAGUACCUUGAUCAUUACGAAGCUGCGUUGGCUCAGGAAGCCUUGAAUUCGCCCCCUACGCCCGUCCAGGAAACGAUGGCCCCGAGUCCCGCGCCAACUACGUCAACGUCGACGCCCAGCCCCAUAGCCGACGUUCACGGCUGGCUGCAGCGGAUCGCCGCGAUGCAGCAGGAACUUUGUCCCCCGGUGACGACUCAAAACUCUGUUCCACCGAGUCCGCAAACACCCAAUUACAGGCGUUCGGUUAUCACCUCGACCCCCAACGCGCAUCCUCAUCCUCCGCAUCACCAUCACCAUUCUCAUUCUCACUCGCAGUCCCAUCAUCAUCCACUUCAACAAGCGCAGCCCGCUCCCAGACCCCCGAUGAAAUACUCGGAUCUUCCCUACAUGGGGGAGAUAACAUUGGACAACAGUAAGCCGAGGAGAGGAAGGAAGCCGAAGAAAGCCGACAUCUGUCACCUGAUCUACAAGAAUUACGGGACGAUACUACCUGGUACACCCGGGCUCGAGGAACGGAAGCAGUUGAACAGUCCGAGAAUAAAAAUUGAGAACAAGGAGCAACCGGCGCAAGUGUCUUUUCAACGUACGGAUAUUCAGAACAGGAUCAGUAGUCUUUUGGAAAAGCGACUGACCCAAGAAUCUAGAAGAAAUCACUCCGUUAGCGAUAAUCAAAAGAUAUCGGAGCAAGAGGAACCCCUGAAUCUGUGUAUCCGAGACCUGAAUCAGCUGAAAAUACGGCUGUUGAGAAAACAUGGUAACGUUUACGAGUCUGGUCAGGUGAAGAGCGAAGGCUCCAGCGACGGAGAGGAGGUCGAAUGUCUCGGCGCUACCACUCCGGUCGAGGGUGGAGAGAAUCUCCGAUCGAUCGACGUAUCGAAUAACAACAACAACAACAUCAAUAUCAAUAACAAUAACAACAAUUUAAACGAAUCGGUGAUCGGUCCCAACCCGGGUUUCGUUUAUUGGCCGAACGGCGGAGUAUUCAUCCAUCCGAUGGCUCUGCAGUCGCAAUUUUUGUACUACCAAAAAAUGGCACAGAACGGGAACAACCCCGGUCUUCCUCCCGGUUCGGAUCAUCCGACCGUAAAGGAGCAGAAGAUCGUACCCAACUCGAUCUACUCGAUGCUCGCGGAACGCAAAUCACCCGCACCGACUCCACCAACCCCCGUUCACACCGCGUCUACGCCCGCGCCUCCCCCACCUACGCCGCCGACUGUUCAACAAACCGUUGCCACAACACCCGCGGAAUCGCCGAGACCGAAGAGAAGCGGACCGGGAGGAAGUCACGGUCAACCGACGAAGAGAAAAAGAUCGGCGAUAUUCAUACCGCCGAUGCCGACGGAGAACAACAAUAAUCCAGCGACCGAAGUCAGCAUUUGUAAGUUCAAGUUUACCGGGGGAGCCAAGCCGAGUCUUCAGGAGAAGAAAAGCCUCUCGGUUGAUUCGGGAGGGAAUUUCCGCUACUACAGCGGCACAGGUGACAAAAGUAUGAGGGGAUACGAAUUCUUUCCGAGGGAAGCUCUUCAGCAACCGGCGGGCCAGGCGGGAUCUUCCGCUGGUGCAUUUUUGAACGCCGCCGGUGAAAGGAUCCCGCCACCCAGUCAGCGUCCGGGAGUCGCAACCCCUGAGGACGGUAGGAGAAAAAGAAAAACUAGGAAAUCUUUGCAGAGAGAGAAACUGGAGCAAACUUUCAAAGAAAAAGGAUUUCUCAUUCAGACGCAGCAGCUAGAAUCUGCCGAAGGAGCGACUUACUGCAAGUUUAGACAACUGAGGAAGUUCACGAGGUAUUUAUUCAGGAGUUGGAAGGACUAUUUGCCCGGCAAUGUUAGAGAACUUACCGGAGCGGAGGGAGAACAGGAAGUUGAAGGUGAAGGAGACAGGGAAUCCCCGAUCAUUGGAGCGCACGGGGUUCCUGGCGGUAUAGUUGAACUACCCCCUGCAAUUUUGGACGAGCCUCAAUCCCUGCCACAAUCCUUGCCACUCACUUGAAAGGUGCGGAGAAUUUGAGGAUUUUUUGUUAUCGGCGGAAAAAAGCCUGCAGAUGACCGGCAGCUGUUUAUUUUAUUUUUUUUUUAUUUUUAUUGCAUUACUCGAAACGAGGUACGUCCCAUUACAGAAUACGAAAUUUGGAAUACUAUUUUCCUUCGCUGUCGUUUAAUCUUGACGGUCUGCCAAAAGUGAGAAAUACUUAACACCAGCUUUUAGCUGUCGUACAAAGUACGUUUUAUUUAUUUAAUUAUUCUUAAUUAUCGUAUCUUAUUUUUUCCGUUCUCCGUGAAUACGUGCAGCUGUUCGGAGAUCGGUCGAUGUAGGAAUGUCGUAUGAUAGGUUGACAGACAGAUAGCUCCAGGUUACUUCUUAGCCCAUAGUGCAUUUAAUGAAAGUGAAACUAAUACCCUGUACAUACACAUAAAUACAUACAUGAAUUUUUUUUUACAUGCAUUAUGCAUCUUAUAGGCUGCGGAACGCGAGAUGUAACGGCUUGCGUAAGAGAAAGGAGUACGUGCGAAAUGAAGUGAGGCGAAUUGUUUUAUUUUUUGUUUUUAUAAUUAUUAUUCAAAGUUAAAAAAACUGCUGCUGCUGCUGCUGACGCUGCGGGCUGAUCAACUUAAAAAAAAAGCUCGAAGGCAGCCAUUGCCAGAUAUUAAAACUCAGCUACGACUGAAACGUAGCCUUGUGCCAAAGAUAGGAGACUCAAAUGAAUACAUGACAUGUGUAAUUAGGUAUACAUACGACGCGAUGCAAGUAAAAUUCUCCGAUGACAGAAGGGAGAAGAAAAUAAAAAAAAAAAAGAAGAAAAAUAAGAAGUCAAAGGAAUGAAUAAUCAUGUUGAUAAUUGAAGGAAAAGUUAAAUGUCAUUUAUUAUACAGUACGACCCGAAAUAUGUUGUUUUUGUCAAUUUUUAUUUACACACAAUGAUUUGUAGCUGAAAAAUUUUGACUUCGACAUUGAGUCGUUACUGAGGUGCGAAGAGAGAGAAAGCGAGUUUUAAAUGCAUUUGUUAGAAUGAAGAGUGAGAUUGAAUUUAAUUAAUUUCGUUGUUGUAUGAUAUCUUUUUUUUGUAAAUUAUGUUAAUUAUUUAAUACCGUCUAACGAAAUCUAGUCUUAUUUAUACUCUUGUUGACUCAAAAUAUGUUUUAUUAUAUCGUCAUUACACAUACUUUUUAUCAUUACAUAUUAUUACCGACUUAUAUAUUAUACGGAGGUUAACCUCGCGCUUUUGAACUUUUCUCAAAAAUUUUCAACUCCGUUUAUUUUUUAUUUUGCAAACAGAGAAAAUUAACAAUAAAAUUCUGAAAAAAUUCAACGAUCAAGUUGAAAUGUACGAGUAUUUUUUAUGACCCGUCCGUUAUACAUAGGUACAUGUAAAUACUACAUAUGUAUAUUAUGUUAAAUAAUAAUUAUUACAGCGCGAGGCUAAUAUUCUGAUGUAAUCUUGCCACGCUGCGAUACAUACUAAUUAAGAGAACAAAUAAAUAAAUCAAUAAACAAUUAAACAAAUGGAAAAAAACAGAUGAACAUGUUGUUAUACUAUCGGACGUAGAAAGCAGAUCACAGAAUAUACAUAUAUUAUAAAUAACAUACCGUCCCACACCGAUAUAUGAAUAUAAAAAAAAAAAAAAAUCUCCGAGUGCUAUACAGCACUGUGUCAUCGUCCUAUUAUCCUUCUAUAAUAUCUAUUAUGCUCAUCAUCGUAUAUGAAUACAUAUUCUAUUGUUGUAAAGAGAUCGUAAUUGUUUAUAAUAGCCGAUAAUAAAUAAACAAAAUAAGUAAAUGAGUAGAUAAUAAAAAAAGUGGAAGAAGAAAAUGAAAAAAUAAAUAUAUUGUUAUAUUAAUAGUUAAACGUUAAAAUGCGGUGAUGAUUAUAUGCAUUAAUAUUUUUCUUGCACCUCUAUAAAUAACAAUGCAUAGGUAAAUGAAUAUAAUAGCUAUACAUUUAUUCCUUUAUCCCCGUAACUCCUACACUUCCUUCAUCACAGUUUUUCAAUGGACCGAGAGCUAUAGUCGCGCAGCAGCCACCGCACCACCACCUUUUAUCUAUUCUAGAGAUGGAAGUUGUGCAAGUUAUGGAAUGAUUGCCGGUGCUAUGCGUGGGACGCGGGGAACUCUCGACUCUGCGCUGUGUACCAGUGUCUGGUAAAUAUUACUGUUAUUGUUAUUAUUAUUAUAAUUAUCAUUAUUAUCAUAAUCAUCAUUACCAUUGUUGUUAUUAUUGUUAUUCAAUAUUCCAAUUGCAACACCUUCUUAUUACAGGUUUACCUAUCAGGGACGUACCAGCUAGACAUACAUACGUAUCGUUAUAGGUAAUAGUUGGUUUUUUUUUUUACAGGAUUAUGUGUUAUAUAUAUAUAUAUAUGUAUUUCAUACUAGACGAAUAGAAACUUAAAGUUAAUUAUGACAUUCCACAUAGUUGUAUGUAAUACAAGAUCGAUAGAAGCUAGAGAUAACUGUGUAAUUAUUUCAUCAUUGAUCAAAGUGCACGCCAAUCGGUACAAUUCUAACAGCUAUAGUCAGGCGAUCGAAAUCGUUUAUGCAACAGCUUCAAAGUUGGAACAAAGUUUUGAUUUGUAUCAGACGUUGUAUACUUUUGUUCGACACGUUCCGGAUCGUCUGCCGUAGCCACGGACGAGGACUCGGAAUGAAAAUCUGGUCCCGAUCGUUGAUGUACUUCAUAAUCGUCACGCAUUCGUAAAG